AUGGACAAGUGCACACUGUUACCGGGUGAAUUGGCUAUCAGGAAUGAAUGCGGCGAUUGGGCCGCGUUGGCGAAAUCAUUUGCUUUGGAAGGAGUGGUCAAGGCGCAAGAACAGCAGAAAAAAGUGGAAGAGUGGGUUGAGCGGAUUAGAGAAUACGAACGGGGUCAGGUGGGGCAUGGUGAAACAGAAGGGUCGAUUUCCAAUGUCCGAACACAAACAAGGAAGACAAGGAAGGGUCGAAAGGGAGUAUCGUUAAGGAGGGAAGAUGCCCCACCAACACCACAGCUCCCUCCGAUUGACUCAAAGAAGGACAAAUUUCGAGGGCCUCGCCAACCGGGAGGUACGAGCUCAGUAGUUUUGAGUUCGUCCACGAAACGAGUGCGGGUGGUACCUUCACUUCCGACCAUGCGCUCUUUUGCCACCGAGUUGAGUUUACCUCCGUCACAUGCUGCUGUACGCGAUGCUGGUGCUCGCAGAGCCCUUGUUGAGACGAUUCAGGCGAAAUGGGAGGAAGGUUGGGCGGAAGGCAUUGGUCAAUUGGUCCGUCGACGGGGACUCGCACGAACUAGUUGGCGGAAUGGAAUUGUCAGGGUUGUGAGGUUUGCUGAGGUCGAUGAACUCAAGCUUGGAGAAAGUGUAGACGAUGAGGAAGCGUUUGGAGAUACAGAACGAUAUCGACGUGGAUUUGUCUAUGAGGGCUCCUAUACUUUGUCUUGCCGGAACCGACAUGUUUGA